AUGACUCGUGCCGAAGCAGCUCCUCACUCUGUCGCCGAGGCUCAAGGCGACCGCGCCUCGCACUCGCUGCCCGGCUCCUCCGCAGGCCCUAACAAGGCCGGCGGCGCCCCCUCCGGUGCUGCCGCUCUGGGCUCCGAGAUCGGUGCCGAGCGCGAUGCUCGACGCGAGAUUCUCCAGGCCCAACGCGAGGGCGACGACAUCGCUGGCCCCACCGACGCCUCUGCCAACGCCUCCUCCCUCGGCUUUGGCCAGCUCAACGGUGCCGAACAGGGCAUCUCCACACCUGGCCAGGAGAAGCGCGAUCAGAUGCAACAGGAGCGCAACCAGGAGGUGCACAAGGCCCAGCCGGAUCUGCGCAAGAUCGCCGCCAACAGCGCCGGUAGUGCCAGCCACACCAGCGGCGGAGAGGCCAGGAGCUCCGGCGGCAAAGAUGCGAAUGAGCUGUUGGAGACCGUGAGCAGGUCGACUGGUACCGAGAGCGGAACUGGCGCUGCCAAGGUCGGUGAGAUCGAGAUCGGAAGGGAUGCGUCUACUGCCAACACUGCUUGA